GCGGGUGUCUCCAUCUUACAUCCGAAGCGCCAGUUAAAAGUUCGUUCGCCGCAGCACCGGCCAUUAACACCGCCUCGCAUACCUUAAUUUGAAAUGCUGCUAACGAGCUAAUCCAUAUUCGAAACCUGUAACUAUCUUCUAAACCAAACAAAUCACAGCUUGAUCUCAUUCUACAUCUCUAUAUUUACUGCGAAACUCGGAGACCAAGCUCGCGAUCUAAAUCCUGGCUUUACAGUCAGAGGCGUAACCUUAUAGUAGCGUUUAAACUUAUAUUUAGCGGAAUGGACUCAGAAUCUGCUGACUCAUCAUAUCGGCCUCCUACUAAAGCUUCUGAUAGUGAAAAUCCAGCUGCUGUUGCUUCUCUUCAACCUAUUGAUAAAGCUGCUGAAGUUGAACCCACCGGUAGAGGUACUCAUGCUGAACCUCCUCCUAAAGCUGCUACUGCGGAAUCUCCUGCAACAAUUUCGAAUGUUGAAACUCUGGCUAAAGCUACUGAUUCAAUUGUCCCUCACGCACCAAGUGGUGGCGGUCAUGAUACUUCACAUGGAGAAUCACCACCGUCUAUGUUUUCUGCUUCAGGCCUGUCUUCCUGGGCCAAAAAUUUGAAGUUCCCCCAACAGGAUUCACCAUCUGCAAGUUCUGGAAUGUCACCACUUGAACGUUUCACUAGUGGGCUUGGACUGCAUCUGCCAACAAAGAUUCCUGGGGCAGAUGAGACCACAGAAGCCACAACAACAACCACACAAGGUGCUUUUGAAUCCUUUACAAAGGGUUUGGUUGACUCAUCUCGUAGUGCAGUGAAGGCAAUGCAGGUCAAGGCGCGCCACAUUGUCUCUCAAAAUAAAAGAAGAUACCAGGAGGGAGAAUUUGACUUGGAUAUGACAUAUAUUACUGAGAAUAUAAUUGCUAUGGGGUUUCCAGCUGGCGAUUUGAGUUCUGGGUUAUUUGGAUUUUUCGAGGGUCUUUAUCGCAAUCACAUGGAAGAAGUGAUAAAGUUUUUUGAAACACACCACAAGGGGAAAUACAAAGUAUACAAUCUUUGCUCGGAGAGGCUCUAUGAUGCAUCAAGAUUUGAGGGAAAGGUUGCCUGUUUUCCAUUUGAUGACCAUAAUUGUCCUCCUAUUCAGUUAAUACCAUCAUUUUGUCAAAGUUCAUACUCCUGGUUGAAAGAGGAUAUUCAGAAUGUGGUAGUUGUUCAUUGUAAGGCUGGUAUGGCGAGAACAGGAUUAAUGAUUUGUAGUCUUCUUUUAUUCCUCAAGUUUUUCCCAACAGCUGAGGAAGCCAUGGAUUACUAUAACCAGAAAAGAUGUGUUGAUGGCAAAGCUCUAGUUCUCCCUAGUCAAAUUAGGUAUGUCAAGUAUUUUGAGCGUAUUUUAACAUACUUCAACGGACAAAUUCCACCUGGACGCAGGUGCAUGCUUAGGGGAUUUCGUCUUCACAAGUGUCCUUACUGGAUUAGGCCCUCUAUUACAAUCUCCAAUCAUGGCGGAAUUUUGUUCUCAACAAGAAAGCAUCCAAAAACCAAGGAUCUCAUGCCAGAAGAUUUCUGGAUAAAGGCUCAAAAGAAAGGGAUUGUUGUCUUUGCUUUACCUGGGGAGCCUGGUCUGACAGAAUUGAUGGGGGACUUCAAAAUCCAUUUUCAUGACCGUCAGGGAGACUUUUACUGCUGGUUAAACACAACAAUGACGGAAAACAGAAAAAUGCUAAGUGCAACUGAUCUUGAUGGUUUUGAUAAGCGGAAACUGCCUUCUCCAGGAUUCCAGGUUGAAAUUGUAAUGGUGGACUACGAUGGUACCCUACCAACAAAAUCUAAAGCUGAUUGUGCUAGCAGGGGUCCUGAAGGUGGCUCAGCUUAUGUUCAGAGUGGAGUUGCUGCAAGUUCCGGUCAAAGCAAAGUUUCUGCAAAUGAAGACAACGAUGAUGUAUUCUCAGACAGCGAUGAAGACGAGUCAAGGACAUCCAAGAACACACAAGCUCAAGUUGCUUCUGGACAUGUAUCUGCUGGUCAUGUUUCUAACAUUGCAUUGGAGAAUAUGGGGAGUUUAACACGUGGAGUUGAUAAUAUGUCCCUGAGAAAUGAGGAAGCAAAAGCAGAUAAUGCUACCAAUAAGUCAAAUGUUGCUGAGGCUGCUAAACCUUCCUCAGUUAGUGAAAUGCCACAUUUUGAAUCAGUAGGAGCAAGCAAUAUCAAAGCCAUUGCCGCUGAUGCUUCAGUUUUCUCUUUCGGCGACGAAGAUGAUUAUGAAAGUGAUUGAAGCAUUUGCCAAUUGUACGAGAAAGAUGCUAUGGGAGUUGACUCCAAUUACUAUCAGAUAAAAGAAAGCUCAUGGAAUCAGGUGGAUGCAAAGAAAACUCCACAUCCACUAAAAACAGAGCAUCAACUGACUGAAGGAGUUUGAAUCAAACUAGGCUGCCAGCAAUAUUCAUUAGGCAACUUUGUUCUUCAUGGUUUCUCCUUUUAGCAAGUUUCCAGGUGCUAAAACCCGCCCGGCCUUGACCCACAAGAAAUUGCUUGCUUGUCCAAGUCACUUUUUCAUAUUAUUUCUUGUGAUUUAAUCCUAUUUAAAUUCAAAACAUAAUUUUUUAUGACAAUCCAAUUACCAUACCUUUA